GCGUGUGACCGUCACAUGAUCAACAACACAGCAAGAUGGCGACCAUCAAAGUGAACAACCUCAAUGGCCCUCUGGAUGAAAUUGCAGCUUUUCGAACCCAUAAACUAGCUGUUACCCGAGAUUAUAUAUCUCAACCAAAACUAACAUACAAGACUGUGUCUGGUGUAAAUGGACCACUGGUCAUUUUGGACAAUGUCAAGUUUCCCAAGUUUGCCGAAAUCGUUAACUUGGAAUUGGCAGAUGGAACCAAGAGGAGUGGACAGGUGUUGGAAGUCAUGGGUUCAAAAGCUGUCGUCCAGGUGUUUGAGGGAACCUCUGGUAUUGAUGCAAAACACACAAGGUGUGAGUUCACUGGAGACAUCUUGAGAAUGCCUGUCUCAGAGGACAUGUUUGGCCGAAUUUUCAAUGGAUCUGGAAAGCCUAUUGACAACGGACCCUCUGUAACUGCUGAGGAUUACCUGGACAUUCAAGGUCAGCCCAUCAACCCAUGGUCUCGUAUAUACCCCGAGGAAAUGAUUGAGACUGGCAUUUCUGCUAUCGACACGAUGAACAGUAUUGCCAGAGGACAAAAGAUUCCCAUCUUUUCAGCUGCUGGUCUUCCUCACAAUGAAAUUGCUGCCCAGAUUUGUCGACAGGCUGGUCUUGUGAAACUUCCAGGGAAGAGUGUGUUAGACGCCCAUGAAGAUAACUUUGCCAUCGUAUUUGCUGCUAUGGGUGUGAACAUGGAAGCUGCCCGAUUCUUCAAACAAGACUUCGAAGAGAAUGGUUCCAUGGAGAAUGUGUGCUUGUUCUUGAACUUGGCCAACGAUCCUACCAUUGAGCGUAUCAUCACCCCACGUAUUGCCCUGACUACAGCUGAGUACAUCGCCUACCAGUGUGAGAAGCAUAUCCUGGUCAUCCUCACUGACAUGAGCUCCUACGCUGAGGCCUUGAGAGAGGUGUCUGCUGCUAGAGAAGAGGUGCCGGGACGUCGUGGUUUCCCUGGUUACAUGUACACCGAUUUGGCCACCAUUUAUGAGAGGGCCGGUCGUGUUGAGGGAAGGAACGGAUCUAUCACACAGAUUCCUAUCCUCACUAUGCCCAACGAUGACAUUACCCAUCCAAUUCCUGAUCUGACUGGUUACAUCACUGAGGGACAAAUGUACGUCGACAGACAGCUGCACAAUCGUCAGAUUUACCCACCAAUCAACGUGCUCCCAUCACUGUCUCGUUUGAUGAAAUCUGCCAUUGGAGAAGGCAUGACCAGGGCUGAUCAUGCUGAUGUGUCAAACCAGCUGUAUGCAUGCUACGCUAUUGGCAAAGACGUUCAGGCCAUGAAAGCUGUGGUGGGAGAAGAGGCUUUGACCCCGGAGGAUUUGUUGUACCUGGAAUUUUUGGGCAAAUUCGAAAAGAACUUCAUCACUCAAGGCCAUUACGAAAAGAGAACUAUCUUCGAGUCCCUGGACAUUGGCUGGCAGCUGCUGAGAAUUUUCCCCAAGGAGAUGCUCAAGAGAAUCCCCCAAGCCACUCUCCAGAAGUACUACUCAAGGUCAUCAGAGGCUGCCUCUUCAAGUCAACAGGCAUCUGCCGAAGUUACCCAGUUAUAAUGAAGAUAGUGAGAAGCCUUUUAGUGUUUUAUUUAAGCUGAAAUUUCAAAACCUAUUGAAAAAUGUUGUCACUAGUGAUAAGUUUUCUGCCUCUAAAAAUUUUCGGGUACUUUGGAUUUGCUUGGAGUCUGAAAAAAGCGCCAUGCUCUAUAGAUUCUUUAGUUUGGUUUUUGGUUGAGCCAAUGUUCUGAUAUAAAAUAUUUUUUAGUCUACUUUUUUUUGUUUCUUCCCUGCAACAUCAUUCUUUCAUUUUUGUUCUUUAUAAAUAUAUUUUAAAAUCGUAAGUGCAGUUUGCAUUUACAUGAGUAGUUAAGUACUAUUUCUAGAUUUGACAUUUUGGUGUAAGUUCACAAAACUGCUUGGUUCUUUGGCCUAGCUCUUAGUGGAAGUGUGUUAUUCCAUUCCUUGAUGUGUAUAGUUUAGAACAAAGGAUUUGAACAACAAAAGUCAUGGGUUAUGUCUGUAAUUUGAGGCAGUCUAUGUCUUUUCAAGCUGUACAUGACAAGAAUAAGAGAAUAGUAUGAUGAUGGUGAUGUCCUCUGGGCAGAGCAGUAGAGGGCCUUUUGUGUCAGCAUGACUGUAAUGGUGGGUCUAUGCUCUCUUUGCCACGAGGCAUCUGUUGUUACACCUCUACUUAGUGUAUCUGUGAGCAAAGUUGUUUCUCCGUUGGAAGUACAUGCACUAUCAUCGCCAUGUGUUCAGACUAAGGUGAUCAAUUUAAGAAAUACCAGCUUUAAUGGCUUUGACAUUAAGGGUUUGUCACAUUCCUUCAGAAUAUGGAGAACAAAUAUCUAGUUGGAUGCAUGCUGUCAGCAUGCUGGUGUGACACUUGUAAAGCUCUCUGGCCGUUCUUGCUUUGUAUGAGUUAGAUCGUCGGAAAAUGUGAAAAGCAAUUAACUGUGAUUAAUCAGACGCCAAUGUGUAAGUGAUCGAAAUGUUUAUUUGAAUGGAGUGCUUUGUAUGUUUUAAGUGAUGUAACUUUUUUCAACAAGGUGCAAUGCCUUGUUAUUUUAUAUUUAUGUAUGUAAUCAGGUUAAUUGUGGUGCUGCGUAUGGUGUAUGGUUAUCUUUGUACAUUCCUGUAGUUGUGCAUUUUAAGUUUAAAAAUGCCCAGCAGUUUGUGACUGGAGCACAUAUGUAGACGAUGCACAAGCUCAAAGGAUAAAACUUGUAAGCAACUUGUUUCAUAUGUGUAAGCACCUGGUAUUUGAAGCACAAUAUUUGUCAAUUGGCAUAAGUGGUGGCAAGAAAGUGGUCUGAGUGUUGUCUGUCCGAGUUGAUGUUGCAUGUGCGUGUUUUUUCCUUCUCUGUCUCUAAAUGUCUGGUUAUUGUAGCCUGUUUCAUUGUUUUCAUGUCAUUUCAUAACUCCACGUGUAGCUGAGUGGUGUCCCUAGUUUUGCUCAGUGGCCAGUUUUUUCGUAUUGUCAGCUGAUCUAGUAAAUGUUAAAGAUCUCACGAGAAUUUUGAAUUCCCAUCAGUUAUGUCUUCUAUGCGCAAUGAAUGUGUCAUAGGUUCAAGUUUCCUACCAUUGGAUGUUUCAAAACAAGUGUCUUUCCUCUUAGCUAGAAUAAGUUCUGGGUUUUUGCCAGUUACUUCCUCAUCUAAUGAUGUUUUAUGCCAGAGCUUUUGUUUCUGCUUUCUUUCCUCGUGGGUUUAUUUUAGAUUUUUAGAGGAAAGCUGUAAGCUUCAAUUUACAGCCCAUUUCAAUGUCAAUUUACAAAAAAAAACCCAACAUAGUUCUAGUGCCAUAUAUCAAAGUUUGUUUGAAAGUUUUGAAAUGGACUACAGACUAAAUUUCUAGAUUUCUUGCAACCUUGGAACAGAAGUUGUGUCACUAUUGGGAGUAGUGCAUUGAAUGGAUGGUCUUGGCAGUAGCAGAUUAUAUGGGUAUUCAGGUCAUUGAGCAGUUGGAAAAACAAAGUAGACAGUUAGCGUACUGGCACUGGUCCUGACAGUUAGCUGGCUAUUUGUAAAUUCGGUGUUUGAGAUCAUUGCUCUGUUUUUGUGUUUACAACAUAUUUUUCCUAGACAAAAGAAAUAGACGAUCUAUGCGAUCUAUGCGGUAGGCUAGUCACUGUUACCUGUUUCUUGUAUUCUGUUGUGUUUGUGAAUUCAUUAUGCAGUAUGUAUGUAUAUAUUGAACACAUUUUGUCCUCUUUAUAGCACAGGGAAGUUUUCUGGUUUUGUCAUUUUCCUUGAGGGACCACUUUUUCCAGCAAUAACUCAUUUCUUGAAAAGCCUGCCAUACAUGCAACAGCUGUAAACUGCUGGAAAAGAAACUACAAGACAAUAACUUUUUUCUACUGGUGAGGAUCUUCUGUACUUUUUCUUACAAUGCACUUACGAAGAAAAAGAUAUAUCUUUUCCUUUGUGUGUUUAGUUGAGAACAUAAUAUAUGAGAUGAUGGAUUUAAUAUUAUAAUGUUACAAAACUUGCUUUAAGUAAAAAUCUUUUGCUUGUGGCAAGUUUUGUUCUCAGAAACUAGUUUCCUAUCAUGUUUGUUUACUUUUUGGUUGUUUUGGGGUUUUUUCUCUGUAUCUUGACUCCCAGUGAUUUAAGCCACAAACCAUAAUCAAGUCAAGCAAAAAUAUAAAGCACAGAUUUGAAUUUUUCUUAUUCAAAUCAACUUUUCUCUUUUGCCAGGUACUGUAGUAAAUAAUUUCCUUGUCACUGUAAAUGAUGAAAUGUUAAUGUGGAAGCUCCCUGUAAGGUCAAGUUGGAAACAGUUUUUUCACUGGGCAAUGAAUAAUGUGAUUUUUUUGUUGUUGGUGUGACUCUACGAAUCUCACAUCUUAGCCUGCUUGUCACUCGAUUGGAAAAAUCCCGACUGGUUAAGUGUGAACCACAUACCAUUAUGCUUUGUAACAAUAUUCUAGUCAGAAUUUUGGUACUGUGAGCUUAUCGCCUAGCACUACUUAUUUAGAUUUAGAGUGUAACAAGAACAUACAGUCUUGAUUCAGUCCAGUCUCAUCAAAGCCUUUUUUUUUCUGAUCACAAUUUUGUACUAGACUGUUUCCUCCGUUUUGCCUUCCUUUUUAUUUUUUUUUAUCAAAACAAGCUUACAUCACAAUUUUUUUAGAAUGGUCACCGUCCUUUUCUCAUUGAUCUGUUGGUCAUUACUGUCAUUCUUAACCAGACACCAUUGGUUGUAUAUGAUGCUAAUCAAAUAUGUAUAGUGACAUGUAUGUAGCCUCUGAAAUAAAAUGUGUCAAAUAAAAAA